AUGGGUCAGAAAAUCUUAGUUUCCAAGUACGAAAGACCUUACUAUUACAACCGGCCACCUCUCUCACCACUGCCACCGCCACCUCCAGCCACCGCCAGUCACAUAUCACAUGGUUUCAAUCUAAACGAUAAGGUGAGCCCAAGUGUUCUACUCAUCAUCAUAAUCUUUGCCAUGAUUUUCUUCAUUUCUGGGUUGCUUCAUCUUCUCGUUAGAUUCCUUAUGAGGCCAACUAAUAGGGACCCAGACGAGUUUGAUAAUGUGACUGCCCUUCAAGGCCAGUUACAACAACUGUUUCAUCUCCACGACUCCGGCGUUGACCAGUCUUUCAUUGAUACGCUACCUGUUUUCACUUACAAAUCAAUUAUUGGUGUGAAAGACCCUUUCGAUUGUGCUGUUUGUUUAUGUGAGUUUGAAGGUGAAGAUAAGCUAAGAUUAUUGCCUGAAUGUAGCCAUGCUUUUCAUAUGGAUUGCAUUGAUACAUGGCUCUUGUCGCACUCCACUUGUCCACUUUGUCGAGGUAGUUUGCUUUCUGAUUUCACUCCAAAUUCCUGUUCACCAGUUAUGCUUCUUCUUGAAUCCGGUAGCGAGAUUUCUAGAGAGAUAGCUAAUUCUGAUCAGCCAAAUCCUUCAUCGAUCCAAAGAGUGAAUUCCCAUUUAAGUAAUCCGGAGUUUGAAUUUGAUAAGGGUGAAAUGGUAAAAGAAGAUGAGAACAAGGAGAAAGUCGUUACUAUUAAGCUUGGAAAGUUCAAGAACGUGGAUGGUGGUGGUGGAGGUGAGGGUGGUAGUGACAAGCAAACGAUUGAUGGUAGGAGGUGUUUCUCAAUGGGGUCUUUUGAAUAUGUGAUGGAUGAUAACUCAUCUUUACAAGUACUUAUUAGGGCACAAACUAAGAAACUAGCCAGCAAAAAGUCUUGUCUUCCGAUCACCCCAUCUCACCGGGUGGCUAUGUCAGAAUGCGGUGGUGAUUCAAGAAGAGAUUUUAAAGAAAUAGACGUUCUUGGUGGCGGAGGUGGUGCAGCUGGGAAGAGCAAGAGGGAGAGCUUUUCAGUGUCAAAGAUUUGGCUUAGAGGGAAGAAGGAGAAGUCUAAUCCAACGGUGGCUGCCGCCAUUGGGACGUCAUCAAGAGGGGUUCUCUCAUUCCGUUUUCCGGUACACCGGAAUGACAUGAAGGCAAACAGCAGGGCUAAUUCUGAAUUGGAUAUCGAAAGGUGGGAAAAUUCACAAGAAUUUCAAACUUGUCGAUGGUCGGAUAACUUGGAUUCAUCACCCCAAGAAGCAUCAAAUCCACCAUCUUUUGCAAGGAGGAGUCUACUUUGGUUUAUGGGUAGGCAGCAAAUCAACGUGGUUCAUUCAUCUUGCUCAACGAAUGUUUAA